AUGAAGGCUCUCCUCCUCCUCCUCCUCCUCACCCAGCUCUGCUUCGCCUCACUGGUCCCCGAGCGGGAGAAGGACCCCGAGUACUGGCGGGCACAGGCGCAGCAGACACUGAGGGCAGCCCUGCGCCUCCAGCGCCUCAACCAGAACGUGGCCAAGAACCUCAUCCUCUUCCUGGGCGAUGGGAUGGGUGUCUCCACCGUCACGGCCACCCGCAUCCUGAAGGGGCAGCUGCAGCACGGGAAGGGCGAGGAGAACCUCCUGGAGAUGGACAAGUUCCCCCAUGUCGCCCUGGCCAAGACCUACAACACCAACGCACAGGUACCUGACAGCGCAGGCACGGCCACCGCCUACCUCUGCGGCGUCAAAGCCAACGAGGGGACAGUGGGCGUCAGCGCCGGCGUCACCCGCGACCGCUGCAACACCACCAAGGGCCAGGAGGUGACCUCCAUCCUCCGCUGGGCCAAGGAUGAAGGCAAGGCUGUGGGUAUCGUCACCACCACGCGGGUGACCCACGCGACCCCCAGCGCCGCCUAUGCUCACUCCGCCAACCGUGACUGGUACUCGGAUGGGGAGAUGCCCCCAGAUGCGCUGGAGGGCGGCUGCAGGGACAUCGCCCGGCAGCUGGUGGAGAACAUCCCCGACAUUGAGGUAGGGAUGGGGAUGGGGUCACCAGGGAUGUGGGCCACCAGGGGCCUGUUCGAGCCCGGUGACAUGGUGUACGAGCUGGACAGGAACAACGAGACGGAUCCGUCCCUCAGCGAGAUGGUGGCCGUGGCCAUCAGGAUGCUCCAGAAAAACCCCCGGGGGUUUUUCCUCCUGGUGGAAGGAUACACCCCCCGCGGGAACCCCAUUUUCGGCCUGGCCCCCAUGCAGAGCGACGUGGACCGCAAACCCUUCACCUCCAUCCUCUACGGCAAUGGCCCCGGCUACAAAAUCGUGGCAGGUGAGCGGGAAAACGUCUCCGCCGUGGAUUUCGCCCACGCUGACUACCAGGCACAAUCGGCCGUGCCGCUGCGCCAGGAGACCCACGGGGGCGAGGACGUGGCCGUGUUUGCCCGCGGCCCCAUGGCCCACCUCUUCCACGGGGUCCACGAGCAGAACUACAUCCCCCACGCCAUGGCCUACGCCGCCUGCAUCGGUUCCAACCGUGCCCACUGCAGCGCCGCCGUCCGCCCCACUGCCGCCAUGGCCGCCACCUUGCCCUUCCUCACCCUCCUCCUCCUCCUCGGCUGA